AUGGUCAUGGAGGUGGGCGCGCUGGACGCCGCGGACCUGCGCGCGCUGCUGCGGGAGCGCGCGGCGCAGUGCCUGCUGCUGGACUGCCGCUCCUUCUUCGCCUUCAACGCGGGCCACAUCGCCGGCUCCGUCAACGUGCGCCUCAGCACCAUCGUGCGGCGCCGCGCCAAGGGCGCCAUGGGCCUGGAGCACGUCGUGCCCAACGCCGAGCUGCGCGGCCGCCUGCUGGCCGGCGCCUUCCGCGCGGUGGUGCUGCUGGACGAGCGCAGCGCCGCGCCCGACGCCGCCAAGCGCGACGGCACCCUGGCCCUGGCCGCCGGGGCCCUCCGCCGCGAGGCCCGCGCCGCGCCGCUCUUCCUCCUCAAAGGAGGGUACGAAGCGUUCUCAGCUUCCUGCCCGGAGCUGUGCAGCAAGCAGUCGACCCCCAUGGGGCUCAGCCUUCCCCUGAGUACGAACGUCCCCGACAGCGCCGAAUCCGGGUGCAGUUCCUGCAGCACCCCACUCUACGACCAGGGCGGCCCGGUGGAGAUCCUGCCCUUCCUGUACCUGGGCAGCGCCUACCACGCUUCCCGCAAGGACAUGCUGGACGCCUUGGGCAUCACCGCCCUCAUCAACGUCUCGGCCAACUGUCCCAACCACUUCGAGGGCCACUACCAGUACAAGAGCAUCCCGGUGGAGGACAACCACAAGGCCGACAUCAGCUCCUGGUUCAACGAGGCCAUUGACUUCAUAGACUCCAUCAAGAACGCCGGAGGGAGGGUGUUUGUGCACUGCCAGGCGGGCAUCUCCCGCUCGGCCACCAUCUGCCUCGCGUACCUCAUGCGGACUAACCGGGUGAAGCUGGAUGAGGCCUUUGAGUUUGUGAAGCAGCGGAGGAGCAUCAUCUCCCCCAACUUCAGCUUCAUGGGCCAGCUGCUGCAGUUCGAGUCCCAGGUGCUGGCCCCCCACUGCUCGGCCGAGGCGGGGAGCCCCGCCAUGUCCGUGCUGGACCGGGGCGCCUCCACCACCACCGUCUUCAACUUCCCGGUCUCCAUCCCCGUCCACUCCACGAACAGUGCGCUGAGCUACCUGCAGAGCCCCAUCACGACCUCUCCCAGCUGCUGA